UCCGAUACCGGUGUCGAGCUUACAAGAGAGAGAGAGAGGAGGGAGGCAGACGUCCUUUCUACCCUGCGUAUCCAUUCCUUCCUCACCAUCUAUCCUAUCCCAUCCCAUCUAUCUCUAAGAGUCACCUAGAAACAGACUUCGGAGACACACGUCCAGUCAAGGCCACUCAGUCCGUCCUGCUGGCUUCUGUCUAGCCGUCUGAAACGAGCUGCAAGGAUAUUCACUACUCUUGCCGCCAUCGCUGCGAAGCCUACUCUCAUCAUGGUUUCCUCUUCCCCCUUCCUCGCGCCCUACUCAAUCUCUCUCCCAUUCACUUCCUACUCGACGCCACCAGUGCCCCUUCCUGCAUUCGUGUUGCUCAGUCUAGUAGCCAUCCCCAUCCUCGCCAUUCUAAGCGCAGUCGUCUUCCUCCUCGGCGGAUCCCUCAAGCGCAUCAUCUUCCUACACGUCAUCCCCCUCGAUGAAUACCGUAACAUCCCCCGACCACGGUACACAGGCAGCCUAUGGAGCUUCCCCAUCUUUGGACAUCUUUCUCAGAUUCGAAAGGCUCCUCCUGCCGAGGCUCACUUGGCAUAUGCAGAGGAGACCGGAAGCUGGGUCUACUGCUACCGGACCAUGUUCUACCACCCUAGGCUCUGGAUCGGUGAUGUAAAGGGACUGCUUUACAUCCUCAGUCAGCAGCAGGCCUAUGACUACCCCAAGCCGGGAGACAGCAGGAAAUUCCUUGACGAGCUGCUAGGCAAGGGAAUUCUCAGCGCUGAAGGCGACAUUCACCGCCGCCAAAGACGUGUAGUAGCUCCUGCAUUCAGCGUCUCCUCCGUACGCUCCUUCACGCCAUCCUUCUUCAAGCAUUCCCUGCACCUCGUCCGGGUCAUCGAAGAGCUCAUCGACCGCACCGAGGGCCCUGCCGAAAAAUCUUUCCUGGGCGGCCAGUCAGACUACGCCUCCAAAGUUUCUCGCAAGGGCGAGCCCGUCUUUGAUGUCGGCUUCUGGCUUGGCAAAUGCACACUUGACAUCAUCGGUGAGAAUGGCUUCGGCUACGACUUCAAGUCCCUCGAAUCAAAGGACUCAGGGGAUGGAGAUGAUCUCGGCUCCACACUCAAUGCUCUCUUCAGCUCCACGUCGGGUCUCAAGGUAACGGACAUCCUACGGAUCUUCCUCCAGACUCGCCCAGGAAUGGGCUGGAUUCGUAAGCUUCCCUCGAAGCGAGCUGACAAUCGCCGGAACAUGUAUUUGGCCAUGGAGCGGGCUGCGCAGAAGAUCAUUUCUGCCAAGCGAGAGGAGAUCAAGAAGGAGAUGGCAGCACUGGGCGAAAAGGGGCUGAGCAAGAGUGCAUUCGAUGAGGACAUUGAUGGAGGCAAGGCAAAGGACUUGUUGCACUUGACCAUGAGGGCGAAUAUGGCUAGCGACCUGCGUGCCAACGAGAAGCUGGAUGAUGAUGAGCUCCUCGGUCAGAUGACUUCAUUCAUGCUCGCCGGGCACGAGACGACCUCUACGCAAACGCAAUGGGCCCUCUACUGUCUGUCCACGCACCCUGAAGUGGUCAGCAAGAUGCGCGCCGAAAUCGAGUCCGUCUUCGGUGACCAAGAGGAGAUUUCCUACGACGAAGUGCAAAACAUGCAAUACCUCGAUUGUGUCACAAAGGAGAUGCACCGCUGUUACGCCCCCGUCACCUCCACUGCACGUAUGUGUCUCAAGGACGAUGUGAUUCCAUUGGGAAAGAGCUACGCACUCCGCGACGGCAGCGGUACAUUCGACUCUGUUCGCGUCUUUAAGAAUCAAGACCUGAUCAUCCCCCUGCAAGUGGUCAACUUCAGCGAGCCCGUCUGGGGUCCCACGGCAAGAGAAUUCGACCCUUCUCGUUGGCUACCAGAAAAUCUCCCCGCCUCGGCAAGAGAUUCCGGCCUGCCCAUGCACAUCCUCACUUUCCUCUCUGGCCCCCGCUCCUGUGUUGGUCAACGCUUCGCCAUUGUAGAAUUCAAGGUUCUACUGGCCUGUCUAGUGAGGAAUUUCGAUUUUGAGAGGGUAGAAGGAUGGAAUAUCGAACCGAAGCAGGAAAUUGUUCUUAGGGGAGUUGUGACGGGACAGGAAAAAGUGGGAAUGCAGAUGCCGCUCAGGGUCAAGAAGGCUCGUGCUAGGACGUAGGUCGCUCCGGGCGUUCGUUCUCGACAAGACGCUCCUCAGGCGUCUAAUACGAGGCGAGGUGAGGCGAGGCGAGGCAAGGACUUGACGACGGGCCACUGAAAGGAAUGUGCAGGGUCCCACAAUGCUUGCAUCUUACGUCUUAUAGCCUCAUGUCUAGUAAUCUUAUUCGACUUGAUGACCAGAAACCAGACCGAAACCUCAGCCCAACUGAAGCCUAGCCCAGCCCUCAUCUAUCUAGUCU